AUGGAGCUCCGGGCCGGAGGCUGGUGGCUGCUGUGCGCGGCCGCCGCGCUGGCCUCCUGCGCCCGCGGGGACCCAGCCAGCAAGAGCCGAAGCUGCAGCGAGGUCCGCCAGAUCUACGGCGCCAAGGGCUUCAGCCUCAGUGAUGUGCCCCAGGCGGAGAUCUCGGGUGAGCAUCUGCGGAUCUGCCCCCAGGGCUACACCUGCUGCACCAGCGAGAUGGAGGAGAACCUGGCCAACCGCAGCCGUGCUGAGCUGGAGACUGCGCUCCUGGACAGCAGCCACAUCCUGCAGGCCACACUGGCAGCUCAGCUGCGCAGCUUCGACGAUUACUUCCAGCAUCUGCUGAAUGACUCGGAGCGGACGCUGCAGGACUCCUUCCCCGGCGCCUUCGGGGAGCUGUACACACAGAACGCCAAGGCCUUUCGGGACCUGUACGCGGAGCUGCGCCUCUACUACCGCGGGGCCAACCUGCACCUGGAGGACGCGCUAGCUGAGUUCUGGGCCCGCCUGCUUGAGCGCCUCUUCAGGCAACUGCACCCUCAACUGCUGCUGCCCGAUGAUUACCUGGACUGCCUGGGCAAGCAGGCCGAGCCCCUGCGGCCCUUCGGGGAUGCCCCUCGCGAGCUGCGCCUGAGGGCCACCCGCGCCUUCGUGGCCGCACGCUCCUUCGUGCAGGGCCUGGGCGUGGCUGGCGACGUGGUCCGGAAGGUGACCCAGGUGCCCUUGGGCCCUGAGUGCUCCAGGGCCGUCAUGAAGCUACUGUACUGCGCGCACUGCCUGGGGGUCCCCGGCGCCCGGCCCUGCCCCGACUACUGCCGCAACGUCCUCAAGGGCUGCCUGGCCAACCAGGCCGACCUGGACGCCGAGUGGAGGAACCUUCUGGACUCCAUGGUGCUCAUCACCAACAAGUUCUGGGGACCGGCGGGCUCAGAUAUCGUCAUCGGCAGCGUGCAUCUGUGGCUGGCGGAAGCCAUCAAUGCCCUCCUGGACAACAGAGACACGCUCACGGCCAAGGUCAUCCAGGGCUGCGGGAACCCCAAGGUGAACCCUCACAGCUCAGGGUCUGAGGAGAAGCGGCCACGGGGCAAGCUGGCACUACAGGAGAAGCCAUAUGUAGACAUGUUGGCGAGGCUGGUCUCUGAAGCCAAAACCCAGCUCCGCGACGCCCAGGACUUCUGGAUCAGCCUCCCAGGGACACUGUGCAGUGAGAAGAUGGCCAUGAGUGCCUCCAGUGACGACCGCUGCUGGAACGGGAUGGCCAAGGGCCGGUAUCUCCCCGAGGUGAUGGGUGAUGGCCUGGCCAACCAGAUCAACAACCCCGAAGUGGAGGUGGACAUCACCAAGCCCGACAUGACCAUCCGCCAGCAGAUCAUGCAGCUGAAGAUCAUGACCAACCGGCUGCGCAGUGCCUACAAUGGCGAGGAUGCAGACUUCCAGGACGCCAGUGACGACGGCAGCAGCAGCUCAGGUAGUGGAGACGGCUGCCCCGAAGACAUCUGCGGCCGGAGGGUCAACAAGAAGAACUCCAGCUCACGGACAACCCUGACCCACGCCCUCCCCGGCCUGUCGGAGCGGGAGGGCCAGAAGACCUCAGCUGCAGGCUGCCCCCAGCCCUGCCUGGCCCUCCUGGUCCUCCUCCUCACCCUGCUUCUCUCAGCGGCCAGGCCCCGGUGGCGGUAA